AUGCAAGGCUUCAACAUGGGGCGGUACAUCCCGCCGGACGCCGAGGGCACGACUUCGGGCAACGCGCUGCACAAGAAACACCCGCUGGGCUCGCGCGCGCGCAAGCUGGCGUCGCACGGCAUCCUCACCGUGCGCUUCGAGAUGCCCUUCGCCGUGUGGUGCGCCCACUGCCCGCAGCCGACCACGAUCGGGCAGGGCGUGCGCUUCAACGCCGAGAAGCAGCGCGCGGGCAGCUACUACAGCACGCCGAUCUGGUCGUUCAAGCUCCGGCACCCGGCCUGCGGCGGCGAGAUCGAGAUCCGGACGGACCCCAAGAACAACGAGUUCGUGCUCGUGUCCGGCGCCCGGAGGCGGGACUACGGCGGCGAGGAUCACGACGCGAGCUUGGUCAAGAGCGAGUUCGCGAUAACAACGCCGCGAGAACGUGCCGAGCAGAGGGAGAGCGCCUUUGGGAAGCUGGAGAUUACCAUUGCGGAUCGGGAACAGCUGGAGGGGGCCAAGCAGAGGAUAGGCGAGCUGAAGGAUGUGGCCGAGAGGCAGUGGGACGAUCCGUAUGCGCAGAAUCAGCGUUUGAGGAAGGCUUUUCGUGCUGCACGGCACGAGAGGGAAAGAGAGGCGACAAAGGCGGAGGCGUUGAGGGAGAGGAUGGGUCUGGGGAUUGUGUUGCUGCCGGAGCGGGAGGAGGAUGCGAGGCGGGCGAAGCUGAUUCGCUUCGGCAGGGUGGAUGCCGAGGAAGAUCUCGGAGCCAACAAGGCGCUAGCGCGCCCGCUGUUCGAAAGCGUGCCCAGGCAGAAAGAAAGGGAGGAAGAUAGAACAUCAGUGAAGAGGCAGAGGAAGCUCAAGUCAGAGAUUGCGGCGUCCCAGAUACGAGAGGGCCUCGUCUCCGAGAUCAUCAGCAAUACCCGGGCAGCUAGAGAUCCUUUCCUGGCUUUUGGCAGCAGGGAGAGCACGCCCAGGGGACACGUCCGGUUACCGGGGCUCAAGAGGAAAAGAGUGGCGGACGAAGCACCGGGUCCUCCGCCCUCCACCGAGGAAGAGACUGAUACUCCCAAAUCAGUGGCUGGCACGCCUGGUUUGGUGAGCUACAACUCGGACUCGGACUGA